AACGUAAUAUGUUUUGGCGGCUUAGAUCGACUAAAAAACCCUAUAAUCAUAGCUAAGUACGAGUAUUUACUAUGGGUUCAAAGUUUCACUCUAUUCCACACUUUGCCCCGGCAACAAUACUAGCGCUCACUGGCUACUUGCCAGCACAUUUAGUGUCUCAUGGGUUGCACAAAUGGAAAUCCUUCACAUGCAUGCUUUUAGUACUUCCGGUUGCGUUUGUCUUAGGAGGACUCGCACAUGCUGCACUGACAAUCGCGUCAGAAAUCGCCGAAACUCUGGAACCGACACACAAACAGCACGAAAAUUCUUUAUUAUACGGUGUCAGCAUUAUUUGGAGCAAUGUUUUCGCUCUGCAGCCACCAGUUAUAUCUGGAAUUUUCCUCCUUACCAGACAUCGCUGGAAGGAAAGCCAAGUGGCUCUGCAAAAAGUUAUCCAUCUUAGUGGUGUGUCAGCGCAAAUAAUGCAACGAUGGAAAAGCCUCGCUCGUUGUCUGUCGCUGUUUUCGCUUUUUUUCAUUGCGAUAUGGGAAUAUUUUGACUGGCGCAUUUAUAUGGACACGUAUCCAGAACUGUAUGACAGUGAUUUUCAAAACGGUUUUGCACCCCUGCCAAUUAAGGUCACAGCUGUGCAGGUGGUAGCGUUAUGGGUGACACUGUGCACUGUCCCGUACUAUUUAGUGCAGCAGGUGCAUUUGAGCGUUAUCUUCAGCGCUUUGCUCGUCCGUGAUGCAUGCGCCGAAAUGCUGUCUGAUCUACGUGCAUUGUGUGACACAAUCAGAAUGGGCCGUGAGACUUGUAUAACAAAAGAUUUGCUGGAAGCGGUGAACAGCUUCCGUAGUUUCCAAAUGGCGUUGGUCAGUUGUAUGGAAAUCCUUAAUGCCCUUUACAGUUGGGUGUUGUGCGGGGUAUUUGGGUUCAAUAUGGCGUUGACGGCGUCGUGCCUAGUAAAAAUAUUCACUGAAUCGGGAACUUCCAUGAUGAAUACGGUUUUUAACUGUGCCAACCUUGUCACCUUCUUCAGCGUGGUUGUUUUGUUCUCCAUCCCGUUGGUGCAAGCUCAGGAAAAGGCCGAGGAACUCGCAUUAGUCUUAUAUGAACUGCAAGUGUGUGCCGAAGGUCGUAUGAAGAAAAUGCCAGACUAUUUCGCGACGGAUUAUCAGCACGUGAAAUAUCAACUUGAGCUCAUGGAGCAGAUCGCAAAAAGACAUACGCCAGGCUUUUCGGGAGGGUUUGUUGUGUACUCCAGAAACCUUCUAGCCACGGUUUGUACGAUCUUGGUAUCGGCGGCGUUAUUUGUCCAAGACCUUGUUGAUCGGAGUACAAGGAACCAGACAAAACUUUCUUAAUUCUACAAUCCCCCGUGACGAUAAAUGUAAACAUGAACAUUUCGCAAAUUUCGUCUUUUGGACCCAAUGUGAUGGUUCUGAAUUUGGAAUGUAGCUUUAGACUGCGCUAAAACCUGCAAGUGUUUGCUUCUAAAAUGCGUCUACUGGCGUGAAACAUGCUGCUUUUACAUGUUUUACAGGGACGUUUUUUUCAGAUAACUAAACUAACAUGCUGCUG